CAACACAAUAAGGUUUGUUUUCACUUUAAAUAUGAUAAUGCUGAUUGAAUUAUUUUUGUUGUUUAUGACUUAUAUUUGUUCUUCGAACUCUUUUACUGGAUUCGAAUUAGAGCCAUUAAACAAAAAGCAAUCGGAGGGCGGAAUAGCUUAUUUCAAUUGUAUGGUGACUGGUCUUAAAGAGGUGGAAUACGUUUCUUGGAUUCAUGAUGGUAAGAAAAUAAGUGAAAAUGGCAUAAUCAUUGACAAAAAUGUAGGUGAUCGAUAUGUCGUAGAUGGUAAUAGUUUGCUUGGUACAUUUCAUUUGCAUAUACAAAACAUUCAACGAAAGGAUGAUGGGCAGUUUGUAUGCACAGUGUUUAAAAAUGGUGACCAGUUGGUUGCACAGUCGCAGCCAGCAAACUUAACAGUGCUUCAAGUUCCUCGACAACAUUAUCCAAUUUGUUCGGCAAUUUCAGCAAGUUAUAUUGCUGGUACAAAUAUUGAUUUCACAUGUAGAUCUGAAAUAACAGACCCUCCUGUGCAGUUAAAAUGGAAACGGAACAGUGUUGACGUUACGUCACAAGUUGAAGCAAAUAUCGGUGCAGAUUACAUAGUUUCAUAUUCAAUAGUAGCCAGUGAAAACGAUAAGGGUUCAAUAUUUACAUGUGAAUUGACAACUUCUGCAAAUUCAGCUAUUCAACGGAAUUGUACUAGUGGGCCAAUCAACAUCCUGUAUGCUCCACACGUGCGUAUAAAACAAACAGACCUCGUAGUGCUCGGAAAAGAAGCUAUUUUCAUUUGCUACAGUGAUUCAAAUCCAGCAGAAGUAAAAUUUGAAUGGGUGUUUAAUCCACCACUCGAUGAAAGCGUGUACACGUUAGAAAAUGAACGAAUUUUGAGAAUUUCCAAUAUAAAAGCAUUUUUAAAUGGUUCAUUUGUUGAAUGCAAAGUAACGAAUUCCAUUGGAAGUCAGUCACAUAUUUUAAGAAUUGAUAUUUAUAAUUCUUAUUCAGAAACAGUUAAGAUCCCAUCAAAAAAAGAAAGAGUAAAAUCAGGAAAUGAGGAAAAUAACAUAGAAACUGAAAACGAUAAAACCAAAAGCAAACAUGAAAGGCCACAGUCCAUCGCUCCUGGGGGAACUAAGAAUAAACAGGAAAACUUUUCAAUAUCACUAAUCGUUGCCAUUGCAGUAGCAUGUAUUGUGAUAAUAUUGGGCUUAGCUUUAAUACCUGUCGGUUACAUGAGAUACACACGCAGACAGCCUGGUGACACCGUCAGUCGAGGAAGACCUGUUUCUAUACCUGAAGUAUACUUUGAGCCUAAGGAUCACGUCGAUGCUAUGCUGCCACAGGUAGGCUUAGGAGCUCCAUGGAUGAGGACAGUAGGAGUUCAGGUUCCUGGCGAAUGUGAAUACGAUGUGACGUAUACUCAGGAUUUCACAUAGAGCCAUCAAACAAAAAACAACCGGAGGGUGGAAUAGUUUAUUUCAAUUGUAUGGUGGUUGGUCUUGACAAUUUGGAAUACGUUUCAUGGAUUCAUGAUGGUCAGAAAAUUAGUAAAGAUGGAACAAUC